AUGUUGAAACAAUUGGCCACCAAGAGAAUCGCCGGCGUUAGAGCCUUUUCCGUGUCACGUGCCGUUGCCGUUGACCAGCCAUCCAAGACCGAUGCUUUCAAGGACAGAGAGAACGCUCAGGAGAACGUUUACAUCAAGAAGCACGAGGCCGAGCAAUUGAAGCAAUUGAAGGAGAGAUUGGCCGAGCAGAAGAAGGCCGUUGACCAGCUCGAAAAGGACAUCAAGGACUUGAAGCAGUAG